AUGACGCCAGAAUCAAUCAACUCAUUUGAAGAAGGGAAUAUGAAUCCACUGAAAGAGAUCUCAAGCAAUGACUACAGAACAAUUUCCUGCGGCAAAACGUCAGGUGUACCUCCAUCUCCUAUAAAUGACGAUGUCCAAAAAGUUGUUAAAAAGGAACCAUUAACGGGCAAUGAAUGCGAUUUAAAUUAUGAAGAGGAGCAGAAGACAAUGGCAACAACACAUUUUGAGAACGCUCCGAAUCUCGAAAAAGUAAAGACGGAAAAUGAUGAGACAUCUUACGAGAACGAGGUUUUUGACGGAGCUGCGUCAAUAAGGAAUGAUGGAAUUAGCAUGUUGCCAAACAUAGUAGCCGCUGGAAACGACAAAGCCGUGACUUCAGCAACCAGUUUUCUAAAUCAUCCAUACUCAUCAAUCUCAAACAACUUCCUUCAUUACAACUACAAUCAGUAUGCGGCGGUCAAUCAAUUGGGAUCCACUUACAUUAAUUUGGCAUCAAACAUGACGCAAGGAAACGUAUUGUCACAAUCAGGGUUCCCAUCAUACCCGUCCAGCUUUGUCACCAUUUCAUCCUCCCCUAUUGACAAUUGUUCGUCCGGUCUGAACUCCAGCUCACCAAUUUCCACUAUACAAGCAGCAUCGGAAUCCCCAGUUGACAAGUCCAAGUCGUCGUCCAAAAGAAGUUUCCAGGAUUUGUCCGAACAAGAAUAUGCCAAUGUGCUGGAAAAAAUUAUGCGGGAAGGAACAUAUGGGGACUCAAAACCGCCAUUCUCAUAUAUUUCAUUGAUAACUAUGGCUAUCCAGAAGUCACCUGACCGUCAGUUGACGCUUGCAGAAAUCUAUAAUUGGAUUAUGAUGCUUUUCCCGUUUUACCUGAAUAAUCAACAAAGAUGGAAAAACUCGGUUCGCCAUUGUCUAUCGUACAACGAUUGUUUUGUGAAGGUUGACAGAUCCUUAUGGAAACCAGGCAAAGGUUGCUACUGGAAACUCCACGAGAAUUGCGGAAAUAUGUUUGAAAAAGGAGGCUAUCUUCGUCGUCAAAAGCGAUUUACGGUCAAGAAUCGUCAGCAGCCGGAGAGUAAGAAGAAUGCUCUCUUACAACAACAUGACGUGCCAGAGAAUGAGGUCAAGAAAGGAAACCCUGGCGUGUUCCUCAACAUUUUACAUGAUACGCAGCCUAUGACCGCAACGAAGCUAGAGAAUGAAGACGACAAGAAGGGAAUGCAGGAUGCGACGUCAACAUUUGCGGGAAUAGUUUCUGUCUCAUUUGAUAAUGCGGCAUGCGGUGAUAUUUUCAACAGUAUCCAAGCCAGUUCCAGCUCAAACAACCCAAACUCUGCAGCGAAUAUCUGA